AUGGUGGGAAUGAUGGCAAUGAAGACAUGGAUUGAGCCGGUGGUUGCAAGCUCGCAAGUGGCCAGCGCCUUCUACGACACAGCUCUGCUGCUGGUGGUGAAAAACUACUACAACCAGACCAAUGGCACUGCUCCUUCCCAUGCACUAGAAGAUGCUCAGCAGAAGGCUGUCUCCAAUUUUUACAUCAUCUACAACCUUGUUCUGGGCCUGAGCCCACUAGUGUCAGCCUACGGCUUGUCCAAGCUGGGGGACAGGAUACAUCGGAAGAUCCCCAUCUGCUUCCCUCUUCUUGGUUACUUGGGCUCCAAAACUCUCCUGCUCCUCCUGAUCCUGCUGGGCUGGCCAAUCGAGGUGAUGUAUGGGGCUGCUGCCCUCAACGGGCUGACGGGAGGCUUCACCACGCUUUGGGCAGGCAUCAUGGCUCUGGGAUCCCUGGGCUCCUCCGAGAGCAGGAGGUCUCUGCGGCUCAUCAUUAUUGAACUGGUGUAUGGCCUCGCUGGGUUUGUGGGAAGCAUGGCAUCUGGUUACCUCUUUGUUGGCUUCAGUGACCGCUAUCGAGAAGGCACUGUGCUGGUGUGCUGCAGCAUCGCUUGCUAUGCUUUCUGCCUCCUCUACAGUAUUUUUAUCCUGACAGUCCCCAAGCCAGGAGCCUCCUGCCCAGCCAAAGCUAAGAGUGCAGAAGAGGUGGGUAGCCAGCCACCAGCCCAUACAGGAGCAGCAGCAGCAACAGGGAGUUCCCAACCUUCAGGGGGCAGCAGCUCCUCUCUAAUAUCCCCCUCGAAACUCAUCAUCAUCCUGCUUUUUAUGGCAGCAAUCCUCUAUGACCUUGCCGUAGUUGGUGCAAUGAACAUACUCCCACUGUUCUUGCUCAGGGAGCCUUUAAGUUGGAAUGCUGUGGAGAUCGGCCAUGGCAAUGCUGCUGGGUACGUGAUCUUCAUCACCAGCUUCCUAGGGGUACUUGUAUUCUCCAGAUGCCUCAGGGACAUUACCAUGAUCAUGAUUGGAGUAGUAUCGUUCAGUGCUGGCAUCCUCAUCAUGGCCUUCGUGCAGUGGACGUUCCUGUUCUACAUUGCACGGGCAGUGAUGCUCUUUGCCCUCAUCCCCUUACCAACCAUCAGGUCCAUGUUGUCCAAGCAUGUCGAAGGAUCAUCCUAUGGUAAGGUGUUUGUCCUGCUGCAGCUGUCUUUAGUCAUCACAGGAGUAGUGACAUCUACAGUCUAUAACAAGAUCUAUCAAAACACACUGAACUGGUACAGCAGCUUCUGCUUCAUUUUGUCUUUUCUAGUUGGCUGCCUGAGUCUUCUCCCUUUAAGCUUUGUGGCCAUCAAACAACGUUCAACCACUGGCUCCCUUCAGAUUCUGACUGAGUGACAGGCAUCUUUUGGUUGUUAUCAACUCUCUAAGCUACCGAAGUGGAAGGUUUGCCAAGCAUUAGUCCCCACAGUUACCAACAUUACUGAAAGUAUAUAAUUUGUAUUUCCAUUUCACAGCAUGCCUCGGCCUCUCAGUCACUAAGCUCACCCAGAAAAAGAAGCUUUCCUUUUUACUUCUGCAGUACCUCAUCUUGUAGAGUAUGUGCAUUGGCUAUUGCACACUAGCAGUCCUCAGAGCAUUCUGCUUUCUGCUGGGCUAAUUAGCAAUAG